AUGGGGAAGAAGAUGACUCUACCUAUCUUACAAUCUGAGCACAUUGUAAGGAAUUUAGAUCGGGCAUUUGAAUCACCAUCGAAGUUAGAGGAAUCAACAAAUCAGGGCAAGAAGAAGGUAAAAAUUGUUCAACCUGAUAUUGAGGAAGAAGUGAAUUACUGGAAACCUUCAAUAGUGGGGUAUGUUGCUGGUGCUAAUCCUCCUCUGAACGUGCUUGAUGGAUUUGUGAGAAGAAUGUGGAAAGAUGAUGUGGUUAAGGUGGGAAUGCUCUCACAUGGAAUAUUCAUUAUACGGUUUCAGAAUCUAGAACAGAGAGACAAAGUUUUGAAUGGGGGUUUCAUUUUCUUUGACAAGAAACCCUUCAUCAUGAAGCCAUGGAAUUCGAUUGAAGAUUUUACCAAAGAGAAUGUGGAUACAGUCCCUACGUGGAUUCAAGUGAGGGGCCUUGAUAUUAAAUAUUGGGGAGAGGCAUCACUUUUUAAGAUAGUUGGCCAGAUUGGGAAACCAAUUCAGGUUGAUGAUAUCACCAAGCAUAGAGAAAGAUUACUGUACCCGCGAAUUUUGAUUGAGGUGAGUCUUGCUCAAUAUUUUCCCCCCAAAAUCUCUUUUACGGAUGAAUUUGAUCAUGAUAUUGAAUUGGAUGUGAAGUAUGAAUGGAUCCCGCUUAUAUGUAAGAACUGUUCGGGUAUGGGGCAUGGUACUAACGUGUGCAGGAACAAAGUUCAGACAAAGAAGGCUUGGGUCCCAAAAGAAAAAGCAGAGGUGAAAUCGGUGGACCCAGUAAUUGAUGAAGAUGGUUUUCAGAUGGUGGGAAAUGGCAAGAAAGUGCAGCAACAGUCUGUGAUAGAAACAAAAGUGAACAAUCAGUUUGCCAUUUUAGAUUGUCAAGUGGAGAAGAAUGAGCAAGAGAUGGUCAACACUGGAGAGGGGGGGAGAUCCCUCUAG